AUGGAAGGAACAGGGAAGAUAGUAUGUGUAACAGGUGGAGCUGGAUACUUGGCAUCUUGGCUCAUCAUGAGAUUGCUUCAACGUGGUUACUCUGUUCGGACCACGGUUCGGUCUGACCCCAAAUUUAAGGAAGAUGUAAGCCACCUGAAAGCCCUUCCUGAGGCUGCAGAGAAGCUCCAAAUUUUUGAAGCAGAUCUUGAAACCCCCGAAAGUUUUGACGCUGCAGUUGACGGAUGUGUCGGUGUCUUUCUCGUUGCUCAAGGAAUUGGUCUUGAAGUAGGAUACACUCAAGAAAAAUUACUCAAAAUAUCCGUGGAAGGAACUCUUGGAAUUCUCAUGCAUGAAAUCUAA